UUACACAGCUCUCGCGACUCUAGUAAUCAUCUUGAACUACUUGAAAAGUACCGGAGUCUCCAUGCAUACAUUGCUGCCAACAAAGUACCCGCGCUCAACCGAAUUUUCUAUAUUGCGAAUAAAGAAGGAUGGUCAGUUGAUAAGUUGGCCAAGAAGAUGAAAGAUGCAGUUGAUGGAAGCUACUACCCAAAAUCCUACUCCGAAUACGAGAGAGACCUUGCUGUCCUGCUAUACGAAAUCGGUGGUGGAGCUACUUUAUACGCUCUCAACCACUCCCCUCUUUCACUCCCAUCUCGAUUUACAAUUUCUCGCCAGCGUCAAAGUUUUUCACUUCAAGAAUCCACGGCGGGACUACGAAUCACCGAGAUUUUACAAAAUAUCAAGACGGUAUUUGAAGGGUAUGCUCCGGGUGUAGGUCGUCGAGGUAUAAACCUCAGUCAAGAUGAGACCGCCAGUGAAAACCGGCUAUGUUGGUGCCCUUCUACGGAUAAGGUCUUCGGUCUCUGUGAGCAUGCCAAACGUCUUGGGGAUCUCAGACUGGGAAAGGAUAUGAAAUCAGUGGAAAAGAUUGUGCGGGCCGUUCGCGUUGAGAAGGAUAUUCACAUUGCGCAGGAGAUUAGCGUUGCGGCAUUUUCGCUUUACGACGAAAAUUUCUAUGGUGCCCGACCUGUGCUCAUCAUGCCGACUUGCAAGAAAGGUGAUUGGAAGUUAGCUGCGAUGCAAAAUGCGGUCCUCCUUGCGGCAUGGAAGUUUUCACCAUUUGGGGCUGCAGCACAUGGUGAUAUUUGGUCAUUAAGCUCAGAUGGUGACCCGAAGCGGCGUCCUGCCCUUUACCUUGUCACUAUGGUGCGACAGGUGCAGCCCAGCGACAUAUUGUUCAAUUGGCUUGGAAAAUUACCUGGAUUGAAUCUUUUGUGUGGACCCAACUUCGAGACACCGUCUUUCGAUCCAAAGCACGACAUUAAGCGUUGUUGUACUCUGCUUUCGUCUAUUGACGGCAUGGUUGUGAAUGGUGUCAUUAUUAACAAAUCGAUUCUUGGUCUCUGGUUCCAGCGUUUGGAAGGACAUGACUGGACAGAAAUUGACAUCGAAAAUGUUUUCAACUUUGGUGAUCACCAAGAUGUUCCUCGAGCGUUCACGCUGCUCUGCCUCGUAGCUGAUCUUCGAGAACUCGAUGAUAGUGACCUGGAUCCAUCUGAGAUUCAUACAUUUCGCUCGCUCAAACUACUUGGAAAGCUUUUCGCCUAUCUUGUAGAACCUUUUCUUCUCCUGGAUCUCUCUCUCUUCAGUCAGAUGAAACGACUAGUCAAAUUCGCUUACCUGGCAUUUGCCCUCUACGUGAAACAUGGUCAGUCCUUCAUGACACCGCAGCUAUAUGGCGACAUCCAAGCAAUGAUCAAGAAUGCUAUUUUUCUUGUUGCUCACACGAAGAGCCUUGAUCCU